AGGGGGACAGAGCAAGAGAAGGAGCAAGUGGAGGAAAGACGAGGAGAAAAGAGCUCACUCAUCAGAUCAGAUGAAGCUUUUGCAAACAACAGACAGCACAAUGGCUGCCAGCAGAGACCUUCCUUUCCCCCUGGUGAUCGUUUUCCUGCUUCUCAUCAGAGGUUACUCUACCCUGCCUGUGACAUCACAAAUCCCUGGAACAUAUCCUCUGAGACCACAAGGGUUUUUGACCGAGCCCCUUCCCUCAGAGGACUACUCUCAAUAUGAAGACACAGAGAGCCCUUUUUCACUCAAAACAGCACCUCCAGUUAAAGCGACCUCUGAGCGAUGCGACUACAAACCCUGUCUCGAAGGUCAGAUCCCCUGUGCUGUUCUGGCAGCCUCCACCGGCUGCUUGUGUCCAGGGUUCACUUUACAUAAUGUGGCUCCAGAGACUCCCAACCUGAAAUCGGUGUCCUGGAACGGGUCAGAGGUCGUAGUUCAUUGGUGUGCACCUUAUUCAUAUGUCACUGGUUAUAUUGUGACAGUAGGGGGACAAGAGAGACAGAAGUUUGGGAAGGACCAAAGGAGCGGCGGAGUGGGUGACAUAGACCACCUCUCAAUGGUCUGUGUAGUUGCAGUGAAUGAUGCUGGACGCAAUGAGUCCUGCAAGAUGUACCAGCCCAGAGACAACAGUCUGCCUCUGAAAGCCGGACUCAUCGGGGGAGCUCUGGGCUUCCUGCUGCUCCUCUUGCUGGCCGUCCUGCUCUGGAGGCACAAGAGGCAAAGGAAACAGGAGGACAGCAUCUCUAUGCAUGACACAGCUGAGGCACAGUGAACAGAAAACAGAGCAAGACUGGACGCUCAGUGAGAUAAGACUCUCUCCCUUGGGACUCCUCAGCCUCAUUGCAGUUAAUUAACUGUGACUACAUUAUUACAUCUGAGGCUUCCUGCACAAAGGGGCUCUCUGAAAACGCAGUAGGAAAUGUGGUUCAUCAUCUCACAUGAAUAUAUCUGACUGGUAAUGUCCAUUGCCUAAUUCUUGUUUCAUUUUGAUAACCCCGCUGGUGGUGUGUUAAAGCACGUUCCCACAUCAGCAAUUUGAAAACCAGCUGCAGAAAAAUAUGGUAUUUAUGAGCUAAGUUUUCUAAUAAUGAAGCCCAGAGGACAAACAAUGCAUAAACUAAAAUUUUGAUAGAAAGAUUCUGUGAAUUUGGUCCUUUUUUUCGCAUUUCAAGAAUCACCAGUACAGUAAUUUAAGUAUUUAUUUUUAUGUUGAUUUCAGAGACAAAAGCUGAUGGGUAUAAAGGUUCAAAUUACAAGAUAUUUUUACUAUUAUUAUUGUUAUUAUUGCAGACACAUAAAACAUGUAUCAACAACAAAAUACUGUCCACAAGGCAUAAUUUUAGGAGCAUCGCCACAGUAUAGAAAAAGUGUAUGUAUGGUUGUGUUUGAAACUCUCAGCGAGAGUUUUGUAUUAGAGUGACUGAUUAUGGUUUUGAGGAUGAAUGAUGUGCUGUAUUAUGUAUUGUAUUUAUGAACAUCAUUUGGUUUGUUGCCUGAGAUGUUCUAUGUGUUAAAAGUUGGAUUUGACAGGUUAGCUUUGGAGAAACAAGCUUUAAAGCACACAAAACAAGGCUGUUCAAACUGGAACGACUUUAUAUGUUAAAGUCUGACUAUUUAACUCAAGUGAAAUCUUAGUCGCUAUUACACUCAUGUGUCAAAAAUAUUUAGGAUGGGUGUGUCUUUCCAUCUGUCUUACUGUGGGAAGUUGUGUCAGCGUACUGGAUGAGGACUGUCUGUUUUUCCAGCUGUCAUAUAAUAGCCCUAUUCAGUGAAUAUGAAUAUUGUGAGACUUGUCUCAUUCCAGCUGAGACUUCCAGUCAUCUAGCACUGGGCUGGUGCAAAGCUUCAGGCUUUUUUUUUUUUGCCAUGAUGAAAAAGAGAAGAAAGGCCAAAAAUUUAAAUCCUCACAGUUUAUCUCAUGUUCAAGCCUCCAUCUGCAUGUCUCGCAGCCAUGUUAUAAUUCCUUUUUGCUCUGGCUGCUGCCACAGAGUUGUUCCACUGCUCCUGGCGUCUUUCUCAUUCCAACUGCACUGCACAACUUACAUCGCACAGAGCUGUAUGGAAGUCAUCUAACAUCUGUAAUUUGGAGACACAACAGAUUGUUUAUUUCAGUUGCUGAAAUGGCCUCAAGAUGUUGCUUUUAUGACACACAUUCAGAGAGUGCAGUCACUCUCAAACUGAGCGGAAAAUACUGACUUGAAUUGGUCAGUAUGAGACGAUAUGCAAAAAGAAUGUCCUUACAAUAUCAUGUGGUGGUAGCAGCCUGUUUUAAACAGAUGAAGAUGUAAUGAGCUUAAUGUACCAAUGCAGGAAAGGACUACUUCCAGAGAAGUGCUGUUCUGAUGACAGUACCAGAGUAGCACAACAUGUACUUAGAGAUAAACAGAUAUGUACGUCAAUGUAUCUUAUUUCAAAAAGGAUAUGGUUUGCCUUUUUUAAAUAAGCUAUUUCCGAGAAACUCUGGAGGUUUUGACUGUUCAUGAAGAAAUCAAAAUCUACCUAUUACGCAAAGUUAAAAGGUUUAUAAUGAGCAAACUGGUGGUCAUACAGAUAAAAGGAAAAGGAAGGAGCUGCGUGUACUUUGCCUCUGCUGCUGCCCCUGGAGUUUAAAAUGCUUCUUAGCUCUUUGACCACAACAAUGCAGAGCCUAGAAAUCUCCGGCCUCAAUAUAAGACAUAAAUGUUACAUGACUGUACAGAAAAUGUAGAUAAAAGGCAAUGCUGACAUUUUCUCUUUCAGAGAGUCUCACACACUUUUGGUAUAGAAGUCAUGGUUCAAAUUAUUUUUUUAAAAAAAGCAACUGGUAUCUAAAUACAAAAUUGAACCACUACUGAACAGUCAAAUUUAAACCCCAUUAAAUGUAUUGCAUUGGGAUAUUUUAAUUUGACAUACAUUUAUUUGAUUUUUAUUUCUGUAGUUUGAAUUCUGCUCUUUGAAGUUUUUGACAUAGAAAAACUUUCUAAUCACCUUCUUAAAAUUUUACAUAUUUAGGGCGACAAUACUGUGGGGUUUCCAGUCUUUUAUAUGAGCUGCUCUCUCUUGGAUCACAUGACUGGCGAAAGGGCUGAUCCAUUCCAUUCAUGCUGGAUUGCUUUUCCGACCUUGAGGCUACGUUUUGUGAAGCGGUUGUCUUUAAUUGUCCACUGCAUCUGUUAGGGCCUGUCCAUAGGCUCGCCAUUCAUCUGUGACAACAUCAGAGCCUCUUCUCACAUGAUGUUGGUCGCCAACAGGUCUUCUCUUGAGCAUCUCUCACCACCCUUAGAAUGAGUGUCCUUGAUGUAAUUAUGUUGUUUUUUUUGUGCUAAACUGCAAAAUGUCAAAAAUUCAUACAGAUUGUUCAUAAAGUGAAGAAACAAACAA